AUGGAUGCUGACGAUUGCAUGUCGGCAGGCGGCGGUGGGGCCGGGGUGUUGCCUCCCCGUCGCACCUGCCUGCUGAGCGAGGGAGCGCACGGCGUCGAACCGGGUCUCGUGCCUUCCUAUGUCGAGUGUGUGAAGCGUGCGCUCGUUGCCUUCACUGCAGGCCAUGGCACUAUACCUGACCAACUGGACGAUGCGGUGGUGAUAUCCGGGCUCAAAGAUUAAGGCUUCGUUCGAUAGAAGCGCAAUUUCAACGAAGAAACAUUUUAUUCUCAAGGAAGCUUUCAUGAGAAAAUCUGAGAGUAGGAUUUUGGCUUUCUCACGUAAGUGUUAAAGCAGAAGACUGACUGGAGGAUGACUCUAGCAAAGAAAUGGAAAGUCUUGAAGUCUAAAUAGAGCUCGGUCAAGAACGGGAAAUGGACGAAACGGCACUGCGACAGCUGAACGACAUCAUCGAGCGCAUGCAAACCUUCGGUGAAAAUGCCAAUGCGUCGCCUGCGCAGACGGUAUUAGAUAACCUGCAUAAAAAUUACACAACGAUGGAGGUGGUUGACGAAGAGGUAGUGCUUACAGACGAGGAGGUAUUGAACGAAAAACUGUCACCGUUGGAGGAGGCAUCAAAUGUGGCAGCUUCCGGUGAUGAUGCCGCAACGACAACAGAUCCGCAUCCAGUAGGAGCUGCGAAGGAUCCACUUUUAGAAGUGGUCCCUGAAAAUGUUGAAGCUGUCGCGGCAUCUCAUGGCGAUUGCGGAUCCGCGGGUUCGCCGCCGCGAAGUACGAAAUUUACUUCAGAUGUACUCUCCACAGCGGCUCCGCCGUCCAGUGUCCAAGCGCCCUUCUCAACCGGAUCGGCGGAACGGGAGCAGCUCUUUGCCAACGGACUCACAAAAGAGGUACAUCGCACUAUACUUCCACAGUUUGAUGUUAUGUGUUGUCGUUGUUGUCAAAAGUAGACCAAGAUAUUUUUUUGUGCUCGAAAUAGAACUAGUUUUGAUAACUCCACAACCUCCAUGUAAUGUAAUGUCACUAUGUGAGAGUGUUCCUCAGCGAUUUAAUCAUUAUGUGAUUUUGAAAUAUCAAAUUUUCGAGAAGAAAAAGAUCAACAGUGAUCUCAUGUAUCCUGUCUGUGUCAUUGGCCCGAGAGCAAUCCUUCCGAUUUUCUACCUUAUUUCAGCAAGCGACGGUUUUGUUACGGAGAAGCAUUACUCCGACGAGUCUCGAUUUUAUCGAUGAGGACCAUCAGCGAUCCAUGUUUGCGAGUUGUGCUUCGAUGCCUGAUAUUAGCUGCCUCGCCCUCGAGGAGCCGCGUUUGACUACAGCGGACAGUUCUUUUCCUCAGAACAUGGAUGGUGAGGGUACUACAUCGCUUUUUAUCUCCCUCUGUGAUGGAUCUAGAGGCCUUUUUCGAAUCACAAACAAAAACGACAUUAUUUUGCGUGAUCUUGGCCGGUUUUCCAUUCGUUGAGAACGAGGACUUAUUGAAAGGGCACUUCUUCUGAAGUUUACUUUUUAUGUAGCCGUCUGGUAAUCCUAGACAACCCUCAUGUGCAGGUUCAUCUCGGAUGAAUUCUCUUGUCGAAGUUCCUGGAAGUGCUACAGCUAAACGUUCUGUGGCGUCUGGCGGGUUCCCUAGCCCACCCACAAAACGAAACAAGGAAGCGCCCGUUUUCUCUCCCCAGUUCCGCACCGCUUCUGGCCACCAGCCAACGCUAGCUUUCAAGGCGAUUGCUGUCCCGAAUCGGAGUUUGCAGGCGGCAACAGAUGAAGACGGGCUGAUGAAUUCCUCAGGCGAGCUGCAGCGCCCUGCUGCACUAUCGCCUAUGGAGAGCAUACUGUUGGAAGCAAAUGACGACGCAGUCAUGGUGUCCACAUCAUCUUCGAUGAAGAGUGGCGAUAAAGGACACCAGCUGUGCUCGACCUCAAGUAAUUCCUUGGCGGCAGUUCCGCAGCCACCCGCGGGCUUCGUGUCGCUGGCUGCGAUGCCACCUUCUGACAAAUGGCGCACGGGGCUAUCCGCUCAUUUAGACGAGGAAUUGCUGCAGGGCGGCUUUUCCGCCGGCCAGCUUGUGGAGGUAUUUGGCGAGGCCGGAAGCGGCAAGACGGCCUUUCUUGCAGCGAUCGCAGCGGCAGAGGCUCAACGACAGCGUCCUUGUUACGUCUUGGACGGCGCAACUGCCGGUCAACUUUUGCGGCGUCUCGAAGCAACAGUCGGGUCGCAGGGUAACGCGGGUCCCGUUCCUGCUUCAGCUGCUUUCUCCCUAGUACAACAACAGCAACAAGGCGGUUUAAAUUUCGUACGCUAUCAGCGGGUGCACAAUGGUGCGGACCUGUUGCGCGCUAUCGGAGCUGUGCGUGCCGACGCAGGUCGAACGAAGUUCGCCAACACUUCCAAAACUACACCGGGCAGCACUACGACCGGAAAAAAUGCGGCGCGACUCGUAAUGGUGGAGAACUUCGUGGAGACGCUGCGGCGUGAAGACGGUCGUAGUCAGCUUGUGGAUCGAGCGACGAAAGAACUGCAGGACUUGGCGGACAGUCUCGACCUCACGGUUCUGAUUUCGAACGGUGUGCGCACUGACUUCAGCAAAGCAAGCGCGGGCGUUGGUGCAGAAGAUGCUGUAGCGCUCGGCGGCGAAGCCCUGGCAGCGCGGACGCAUACGCAGUUGCGUCUUACGAAGAAGAUUGGACUACGUGAAAUCCGACUCGUUAAGGAGAGCGACUCGGCUGGCGUCACCGCGACAGACGGCGGCGCGAGGACAGGGCUACUAGAAGUCACGGACCAGGGUGUGGUAGUUCGAGCUGCCGGCGGUGACUGAAGGGACCAACUACGUUGUUCCUCUUCAUCUAGCAAGACAAGUACAAUUACCACGAACACUAACGAUUUGACUGUACUUUUCGCGCAUAGAUAUUUUGGGUUAGAUACCUACGGCGCAUUAUACCCCCGGAGCGUUUUCACCUGUCUCUGCUGCCCAGCGCGACGUAUGCGUGGAACAUGCGCUUGCCAGUGUUAAGCGUAAGCGAGUACCUCCCCAGAGCUACAACUUGAACCUCUAACAUAAUCAACAACAUGAACAUCAAUUAGUACAUUGGACCAGAAUUAUCAAACGGAAACUCGUUUUUCCCUCUUGUUUGAGGUGGUUGGUUUAGUCUUCUUGAUGCAGAUGAUCGAUAUAAUAAUGUACGACACCGACUACAUGAAUGUACGAAUCAACACAAGAUAUUGGAUUUCUACUGACAAAUAGAUUGAAGUUACACAUAGACAGUUGUAGAUUGGCUGGAAGAAGCGGCAAUGGAUGAUAGAUAUCAGCAUGUGAAGAAAGAUAGACGGAAUUAGGAUCUCUCAUUCGAAUCUUUUUAUCGGAAAAAAAUGCACAGUUUCUUUGCUCAAACUGAAGAUAGUUCUAUUCGAGUAGAUAGGUAACUCAGUAAAUCUAUAAUCUGUCUGGAAAAGACUUGCUUAACUUUUGUACUCACCGGAGCCUUAUUUUUUUCACAGGUCUUCACCUUCGCAUUGAUAUUAUCUUGUCUUGUCCAAAGGAUUGCAUUGUGAUUUUAGCUUGCGUUUAUUUAGUCUACAAGAAUUCUAGGAAAAUGAAUAUUGGACGUUCGAGCUUUUUUUGGUUGCGGUGACGCGUCUCCACGACCUGCGUGGUUUCUACUAGGUUGACUUUUUUUCGAGUUGGGUUUUGAAAGAUUUGAGAUUAAUCUGCAAAUCGAUUUCCUCUCAGUAGAUUAAUUUGCAGCAGCAGUCGGGCUGCGCGGCGAACACGCAUUUAUACCGUCACAAAGAGACUCUGCUGAAGCAAAGAGAUGGAAAUGUUAUGAAUAAGAAGUUUGAUUCUUUAUCUUUUGUGUCUUGAUUUUGAGAACCUUAUAUCAAUUCAUGCCGACAGAAUAAUGGAU